GACAGUCUCUGCUCAUUUACGGCCUCUGUCGUGCAUCUGUGGGUGUGGUUGAGGAGAAAGAAAAGUUGCCAGCAUGGCGUUUACACUCUAUUCACUCAUCCAGACCGCUAUUCUGUGCACAAAUGCCAUCGCCGUGUUGCACGAAGAAAGGUUUCUCAGCAAAAUUGGAUCAGGUGUUGACCAUGGGGUCUCAGGUUUUGGAGAUGACCCGGGAAUCAAAGCCCAAGUCCUCAAUCUCAUCCGCUCAGUCCGAAUUAUCAUGAGAGUGCCUCUUAUAAUCGUGAAUUCAGCCUCCAUUGUCCUGUUGUUGCUUUUUGGAUGACGACCUGUCAGCAGAAUCAAGUAUCAACUAAAGCUGCAGGACCAAGAGACUCUCUCUCUGUCUCUCUCUGUCUCUCUCUCUCUCUCUCUCUCUCUCUCUCUCUCUCUCUCUCUCUCUCUCUCUCUCUCUCUCUCUCUCUCUCUCUCUCUCUCUCUCUCUCUCUCUCUCUCUCAUAUGGCGUUAGGCUGGAAGCAGAGUGUUGUUGCACAUUUUAAGAAAAACAAAACAACAGAUGGUUUCAAUUGAGUGAAAUCUUAUUUUAAAUUUUGUAAUUUAAUGUUUCUAUAUGUCCCAUAUAACAGCACUAUAGGCCAGUGGUGAGUAUAUCUGCCUCACAUUUCGAGGUUCUGUGUUCAAAUCUCAGCUCUGGCCUUCCAGUGUGAAGUUUGCAUGAUUUUCCCAUGCUUGUGUGUGUGUGUGUGUGUGUGUUUUCUGGCUUCCUCCCACAUUCCCAAAACAUACAUUUUAGUUUAAUUCAACACUUACAAUUGCCUAUUGAUGUGAACGGGAAUAAUUGUUUGUCAAUAUGUGCAUUGCGAUGCGAUUGACUGGCAACCAGUCCAGGGCGUACCACCACCCCUUUCCAGUCAGUCCAUCUCACCUAUGCAUCAAAUGAGGACAGGCGGUAUAGAUAAAUGGAUAUGAAAUGUCAUUGUUUACGCUGUCGCUGUGGAGGCACUCGUUAUUGCAAGUCAUAUUCCGACUGUUGAUUUGCUUCGAAAGGAAUUGUGCCAAAUGUGCGGAAAAAACAAUGCCUGCAUUUAUUUGUGUUGUUGUCACCAGGAUUUUGAGAUGUUUUUCUCUGAAUAAAUGUAUCACAUAAGUGUUUCAAAAAG